AGAACACCACGGAAAGACGUCAUAGCCCAAGUGAUGUAAUCCCAUCAUGCACCGCAAGGGGAUCCCCCGACCCCAAUGACGUGUGGAAACCACCGGGACAAAAAGGGAUGUAGCGGACUUCCGCAAACCAUUUUGGGACGGAGCGCGAGGACAACCGCUUUCAUAUUCGUAGCUUUCUGCAUAACCAACUCCUCACAGGAUCACAAUGGAGAAGGUGGAUUUCAAGCAGAAGUGGGCCCAACCGGUGCAGGUUGGCAUGAUGGACGAAGCAGAACGCUUCUACACCGAAGUGCUUACUUCCGCGUGUAAGGAACGAACCAGCAUCCCGAUCGGCCAGGCCUGUGCAGUGGUGGGGCUGGGAGAGUUGUACCUGCUGCGUCACGAUCCCAAGUCCCUUGUGAAAGCAGCGGCCCUCUUUAACACCGCUCUAGAGCUGUGUCAACAAGAACGGCUGAGUCUGGGUGAAGACGGUGCUCAGAAUACUACCUCGUCCCCGCCGUCAGCGCUAAUCGAGCAGGAGGAACAACAAGGCCUACUUGGCGACUACAAGCGACGACUCUCCCAUAGAAGGGAGAGAUGCGCCGCAGCAUUCGCGCUUCUCCUUCAAUCACGGAACAGAGCUGAGGCAGCCGACAUCGCCGACAUGCCUGAAACCCAUCGCCCUCAGAUUGACUCAGAAGGUUCCUCUCCUGCAAGCUCCCUGGCCAGCCAAGGAUACUCCUGCCUGAAGGAUGACGAGUUCCCAAAGGCCGCCUUUCUUCUGAAAAAGGCGUUGGCUGCUUGCGGAGAGAAGGAUACCGAGGACAGGGCCAAGUACAGCCAAGAUCUGGGAGACGCCUUGCGGAAGAUGGGAGACGUGCAGCAGGCAAUUGUCCAUUUGCAGAGAGCUUUGCAAGAGAGAAUCCUGCUGAACGACGAAGCGGACGAGGGUGACGUCGCCACUGCGCAACUGUUGGUGCUGUUCGGAGAGUGUUUGUCCGCUGGAGAGCAGUUUGACCUGGCCUAUGCGUACAUGGAGGCUGCCGAGGAGACCCUCCCGAUGUACCUUGACGAGAACGACCCCGACUUGAACGAGAGCAGAAAAAUGAACGACUUGCUGAGGAUGGCGUCUCUCGCUCGGGAGGGGAAGACCGAGGAAGCUGGGACAAUCUUUCGGAACGUCGACCCAACCGCACCGGACCUGUAUCGGAGUCUGGCAAGCCACACUUACGACAAGGGGCUGUUGUUAGAAACAAUACAGUUCCACGAAACAGCCAUGGUGUUCGCGCCGGACAACACUUCCAACCAGCACAACAUGGCCUGUAUGUAUCAUGCACGAGCGCAGUACGCAAGGGAGGCGGGGAACCUCGACAUCUACAACAAGAUGGUCCGACUUGCCGAGAAAAACUUCCGACAGGCCAUCAGUCAGAAUGAGAAGGAUGGAAAUCCAGGUAUGGGCUUGUUGGCUGAGUACGGGAACUUCCUCUGUCGGAACGAGCGAUGGGCGGACGCGAUCCCCGUGCUGAAGGAGGUAGUGGAUCGCCCCAAGUCUUCUGAAGAAACCUCCGGUCUCAUCUACAACCAGAUGGAAAUGAUCACGCUACUUGACGAGAUAAAGGCCGAAGUGAAGAAUGCCAAGGACAAGUCCCUACCAAUGUCCCAGCGUCACCUCGCCUACUACCUUCUGACCCGGGCGCUGAAGGAAACAGGCGAAGAAGGGAAAGCCGACCAGACCGCUCAAGAAUUUCAGGCAGACCUGGAUAGUGGCGACAAGCUAUUUUCCUGGUCGUUGCUAGGGUACGCGUUGAGGCACGCGGGUCGUCCACAAGAGGCAAGUGCCGCGUUCAUGCGAGCGUUCGAUGACGAGAGGUCAGAAGACCUGGCAAGACAGAACUUCUCGGCCUGCCUCGUCUCCUCCAACCUGAACAAGCCGGACGGACCUGCCGAGCAGCCGACCUACAAACCGACCCAGGAGGAAAUCCUGGACCUCGACUGAGAGUGACGAUAGGAAGGAUGGCAGCCACAAACUUAGACGUGUUUUCCUUUUUCCAUCCACUCCAGAUCAUAGCUAUAUAGGUGCUGUCAUGUACUGAAUUAUCUGGUUUAAUGUAAAGUAGAGAAGAACCUUAUGCGGAAUUGUAAUGUACUUGUUUAAAGCAUUGUCGUGCAUCAAAUUGUCAUUCUGUAGUUGAAUUUUCAUGCAUAGACAAGAGGUCUUGAUUGGUGUUGUAGAAUGUUGUACAUGUUCAAGCUGCACAAAGUAACUGCAUCCUAACAUCAACUUGACACUAUCUAUGUGGAGACAUUGGUGACUGUGUUAACCAAUUAGAAAUAAGAAAGCAAAGAGAAUAGUACGUUUUAGUAGAGCAGACUACAAGUCACACUUGUUAAAGUGGUUAGAAAAGGCACAGAACUGACAGAAGAAUCAAACGUAUUUAUCCAAGAUUGAUAUAUAAUGAUAGAACUGAUGGAUGUAAUAACAAAUGGAAGUUGAUAUUCUUAUUGUAAUGUAGCAGUUAAGCACCGAUUUUAAACAACAAGAACUAUAGUAGUUUUUAAGGAAUUGUAGAUAUGUUAUAUUUUAGAGCUUUAUUGAUCUUAGACGUCUGUUAGUGAUUCAGUCCGAGUUGUACGACUUUGUUGAACAGUGCAGUUCAGUUAACUACAUGUACAUCUAAUUAACUGCUAUCUAAUUAACUGCUAGACUGCCAUUUUGAAUGUUCAAAUCAAUAAAACCAAAUCAUCAGUAUCAUAUUUGGUUUUCUAGGUGUGGCCUUACUGUUAACGUGCUAACGUUAUAUUCCAUGCGAUGUGUUACUACAUUCUACCCUGGGUAGCAUUCAUGAUUUCUUUCUGUUGUUAGAAUUCAUCUGCACAGAUGGGAUCUAUUGCCUUUUCUUUCCAUAUUACAAUAAAUGUAACUAGUUGCCAAA